CGGAAGUUUCCUGGGCUCAGAUAAGCGAGCAGAACUCGUGAGAGGAGGUUGUUUCGAUGGGGGCUAGGCGAGAGCAUAUGGAUUGGGACAGAAUAAACCUUGGUGUACAUGGAUACAUUCAGCAUCAAAGCAAUUGUGUACUUUUCCUGAAGAAAAGAGUCUUCAAACUGCGUUAAGAGUCUUAGGCAGAAGUAGAUGUUGCUAUCGGCACCAGACUAUUAUUCUUCUAACCCCACUUAGCAAGGAUUUGAUCUUGGAUCUUCAGAAUACUUAUCCGUCCUGUUGUUUACCAAAGUCCUGUGACACAAUUUUACAUUUCAGAGCAAAAGCAAGGAGUCCAAAAACGGGUAAUGGUGAAUGAACAGGACACAGGAGAAGGCCACAAAGACUUGAUUGCCCAGCCCUGCUUUAUAUCUCAAUAGCUUUUUUGAAAACUUUGUUGGGAAUUUCCUCUUCUCUGUGUGGAUGAAUUUGAAGACUGCUAUGUCUAUGACAUGCUUGAAAUAUUUUUUCUUUGGUUUGACUGUUAUCUCUGUUGUAUUAAUGACAUGGUUUAUGGUAUUCUCCUCCCACACUGGGAUAGAACAUAUAGAUUAUGUGUAUUUUUAUAGCCAUGAACCAGUCUACAAGCAGAAUUUCCUCUUCACGCUACGUGAGCGAUUAAAAUGUGAAGACAACAAACCAUUUCUGGUCAUCUUGGUGACUUCAAGACCUACAGAUGUAAAGGUGAGACAAGCAAUUAGGAAAACCUGGGGCUCUGAAAAAUCUUGGUGGGGGAACAAGAUUCUGACACUGUUUUUACUGGGCAAAGGAGAAGGAAUCGAUGAUAAUGCAGCCUUAUCCAUAGAAGACGAAAGCAUUCUUUAUGGGGACAUCCUCCAGCAAGACUUCCUUGACACCUACAGUAACCUGACCUUGAAAACUGUCAUGGCGUUCAGGUGGCUUACUGAGUUUUGUUCCAAUGCUCAGUAUGUUAUGAAGACAGAUUCCGAUGUUUUCAUCAACAUGGGCAACUUAAUGAAGCUUCUAAAUUCAAGUACCUCGGAAAACUUCAUUACUGGCUACCCUUUAAUAGAAAAGCCUGCUCACAGAGGAUUUUAUUGGAAAACCUUUAUUUCUUUUGACGAAUACCCAUUUAAGGUGUAUCCUCCAUACCUCAGUGGACUAGGUUAUGUCCUUGAUACUGGAUUGGCUCAACAGGUUUAUGGAAUGAUGAGCCAUGUCAAACCUAUUAAAUUUGAAGAUGUCUAUGUUGGGAUUUGUUUAGGUAUACUUGGUGUGAACAUCACUGUUCUGGACGAUGUCGACCUCUUCUUUUUAUACCCAAUUAGCUUCGAUAGUUGUAAAUACAAGCACUUGAUUGCAGUACAUGGCAUAUCGCCACAGGAAAUGCUUGCAUUCUGGCAGGAAAUAACGAGAGAGACUUCAAUUCCUUGUCAUUGACUCCAUCUUAUUUUAAAAGCCUCAGUCACUUCAGGCCUGAUUACUUUCCUUUAGGCUAGGAGUAGGCAGAACUUCAAGGGCUGGCAUUGGAGGCUGGUGGCUGACAUGUCAGUGGGAGCAGUGAAUCUGCUCCAGGUUUCAGUCAGAACUCUAAAGGAACUAUCCAGCCUCUACUGAAGGUUGGACUUCCUGACAUUCUUUUAGCUGCAGUAAUGUUUGCUCUUGUUUGGACAUUGGUGAAGCCAGGAAAUGGUUUUAAGGAAAGGCUACCACUCACCUUAGUAUUCCAGUGAUAAAGGACAUGCACAUAUUGGACAUUUAGUAUAGUCAGUUAUUUUGACAUUGUCCAUCUAGAAACAUAGAAGGCACUUAGACUAUAUGCAUCUGUUGGAACUCUGAUCAUUCAUGUUCAACAACAAAAAUCACAACACUUGUAUAUAUGUCUUUCAACAACAAAAAAUGUAUCAGAGAAAACAAUGAAUACAGGCAAACAUGAACUCUAAAUUUAUCAUUCCAAACAUCACAAAAACCCUCCCAAUCUUUCAAUAAACUUAUCCACAAACUUUUGUUCUUCUCUAGUCCUUAUAUAAUAAGUUAAUUUCAUCAUUAUUGCCACAACGUCAGGCAAGCGUCUCCCUCUGCCAUGCUACACUAUCCAUUUGGAAAUGCGGUUGGGGGGAUGGAAACAUCCCCGACACCAUUUCCAAAUGGAUAGAGGAGGGGGGAAGGGAGACACUCUUAUGACGCUGUCAAGGGCAGUGUCAGGCAAGCAUAACCCUUCCCGUCCCUCCCUCGCUAUCCGUUUGUGGAUAUAGGCAGGGUCCAGAGAGAGACAGUGAGCGUCUCCCUCCACGCCCUGCCAAUAUCCACAAAUGAGCUUCGGGUAUCAGGGCACAUUACAAGUCAUUCAGGCUUGAAAUAAUCAGAAAGAGGAAGAGUAAUAAGGGAUGGAACAAAGAGAUUGUAUACAGAACUGUCCAACUUGAACCAACCACAAUGAUUACUUGAUUGCCUUACUGCUUUUGAAUUACAUAUUGUUUUAACUUGGUACAUGUGCUUAUUUCUUGUUUUAUACGGUAUGCUUUUAUCUGUACGCUGCUCUGAGAUCUUAAUGAUAUAGGGUGGGAUAUAAAUGUUUUAAAUAAAUAAAAUAAAUAAAUAAAUUGCACCUGCAUGCCCUCUCCAGUCCUGUAGAGCCCACUCUGCUCCUUGGUAUAGUAGGGAGCUGCGGACAAUGAAACAGGCUGGAAAUUGCCUAGAGCGCAAAUGGCAUAAGACUCAAAGCGAAGAUGACAGCGCACGCUCUAGAGCGCACGGUGGUGCGGGCAGCAAAGAAGGCUUAUUUUGCUGCCUCCACUGUGUCCUUGAGUAACUGUCCAGUGGAGCUCUUCUGGGUGGUCCGGGGGCUGCUAACACCCUCCACAGCAACUGGCCCCAUCGAGAACUCUGAUCUGAUCCAGCAGUAAUAUUUGUAGUAAAUACAGCCCCUGCCCAUAAGAGUCAUUACUCAUUGAGCAUACUACUCAUCAGUUUCACAUGCGGGGCGGACAGAGAGGAAAUGCUGCAGCUCAGCUGUUGUCUGGCGCUGCUCCUUUUCAGUAUUUUCCAGUUUAGCAUGUAAUGAACAUUUUUUUUGAAGGGAUGUAUGGCUCCAUAAUUUGGGGGGACAAGCUCUGAAUAUCUGCAAUCUGGAAAAUAAAUAGACUCUGUGUGUGUGUGUGUGUGUGUGUAUGUAUUGUGUUUUAAAUCUGUCUGGAUUUUAAAAAGGAUUUUAAAACACAGAAGAAAGGAAAGGAAAACCCACAUAUAUUGUUGUUACAAUGCAAAAAGAAAGUCCUUCCCAGUGUUAAAAUUGCAAUCUCUUGCUUAAACAUAUAUUUUGUAUAUAUGCAAAUAAUAAAGCUAGAACUAGGUUUUAAUGGUCUCCUAUAUGAUGUAUUUUCUUUUCUCCAUCAAUAUAGUUUUGGAAAGGGGGGAUAUUUCUAGAAAGCAGCUUGCUUGUGAUGGACUACCAGCACUUCUGAUCUGAGUUGAUAUUAUAUCCAUAACAAAAAUUGCCCAUGCUUCCACUCAUUGAUUGAUGAUAAGCGAGUAUUAUUCCAUCUAAAUGCUAACUGUGCUUUUUCUGCUGGCAGCAAAUGCACUAUCAAUUCCCUUCUUAUUUGUGGUAUAUUUUCAACAUCCAGUUUACCAAGUAACACUUACCAUAGAUUCAUGGGGCUUUGGUAGCCUGAAAUUGAUUUUAUAAGGUUCAGAAUGCACAUCUAAUACUUUUUGUUUUUGAAUAUGUAACUAAAGGUGCUUCAUCUCCAUGGACUUGACCGUGGUGGGAAGAGCAGCAAACACCUCCUGAUGUUGGCUGCAUCACUAGCUUUGCAUGGUGUGCACCACCCCCAAACACUUGGCCAGCACUGGCCACUUGCCACCCACAUCCCCUGCAUACUCAUGUGGUUGUUUUUGCUUUUAAGAACAUAAGAAGAGCAAUGCUGGAUCAGACCAAGGGGCCAUCUACUCCAGCACUCUGUUCAUACAGUGGCCAACCAGCCAUUGGCCAGGGACCAACAAUGCAGGACACGGGUGCAACAGCAUUCUCCAGCCCAUGUUAUCCAGCAACCAGUGUAUACAGGCUUACUGCACUUAGGGAUCAGGGCUAGUAGCCAUUGAUAGCCUCCAGGAAUUUAUUCAAGCCCCUUUUAAAGCCAUCCAAAUUGGUGGCCAUCAUCACAUCUUUUGGUAGUGAAUUCCAUAGUUUAACUAUGAGCUGUGUGUAAGAGGAGAGGGUGGUGUUCACUUUGGGGAGGUAAUCUUUAGAACUUAUAUACUUCUGCAUACCUUGGGGCUUUUCUUGGCAUGCAAAACCUUUGUUUUGUUAGUAAGGGGCCCCUGUGUUGCUUACAAAGUGGCAUGAGGCAAUCCCAAGUUUGCUCUUUGAGGCAAGGAUUGUGUUCUUUUUUGCUGUGUUCUUUGUUAUGAGCUUAACCAUCUAAUGUUCCUAUGUAGGAUGUGGAUGUGUUUAUUGAGAAAACAGUCACUAUUUCAUA